UGUACAGUCGUCACUCUGCCGCGCCGUCCAGAACGUGCUUACAACAGUAUUGUGUCAUGAGAGUACAGAGAAUGUCUGAGCUCAUUUUUGGACGUUACGGGUUAUUCGGAGAACGGUGAUGUAUGACGAAAUACCGAGAAGAUGACGCGAGUAGGGAAGCGUGGAAGCGUGGUGUCAGCGAAGUGGAGAUGGGUUUGAGCGCACAGUGAGUGAACGAUGUGGAGAAGGUCACUGAGUGCGGGCUACGCGCGCGCUGCGUGCAGGGCUGCUGGAGCAAAGAGAUUUUGGGACUUGCUCACAGUGCGUACAUGCAGCGCCCCGGCCUUGCCUGCAGGACGGAUCACAGCUCUUCAGGCUGUGGAUGUAUGGAGGAGACACUAUGAGGAGAGAGGCGUCUCGGAGCCAGAGCACUCCAGUAGCUACAUUAUUGCUCAUUUGCUGGGGGCAAAAACUAUUGAAAGCCUUGAUCGUGGUUCGUUAACGGAGUUUCUCACCCGGGACAAAUUAGAGCAGGUGUGGAGGCUCUGCAGCCGGCGUCUGACUAGAAUGCCUGUUCAGUAUGUGAUUGAGGAGUGGGAUUUCAGAGAUCUGACGCUGAUGAUGAGACCUCCUGUGUUCAUACCAAGACCUGAAACCGAGGAGCUGGUUGAACUUGUGCUGACAGAUAUGAAGAAGCAGCCUGACACUCAAUCAACUUGUUUGGAAGUCGGAUGUGGCUCUGGUGCCAUUUCCCUCAGUCUGCUCAUGGCUCUGCCUCAGCUUAAAGCUGUUGCCUUGGAUCAAAGCCAGGCUGCGGUGGAUUUAACAAUGGAGAACGCGUUAAGGUUGGGGCUGCAGGACAGGCUGCAGGUUUAUCACGUAGAUGUAAUCAAAGAUGCAGAAACCGCGUUGAGACUCUGCGAGUCCGUUUCAGUUUUGGUCAGUAACCCUCCGUACCUGUUCACCGAGGACAUGGCAUCGCUGGAGCCAGAAGUUUUAAGGUUUGAAGACCGCUCUGCUUUAGACGGAGGCAAAGAUGGUCUCAACGUGAUCAGGCAGAUUUUAACGCUGGCUCCGCAGAUUCUGUCAAAUCAUGGACGCGUUUACUUAGAGGUGGACCCCAGACACCCCCCGCUCAUUCAAGCCUGGGUGGAGGCGCGUGUGGACGGCUUGCAUUAUGUGGAGACACGGCACGAUAUCACCGGCAGGCCGCGGUUCUGCACCCUACAGAAAGACACACAAGUCAAGUCACACAGGGAUCGUCUUGGAUUGAGAAACUAAGAUCCUAUUACACUGGCAUUGGCCCAAGUUGCUACAGCCACAGCUCCCCUACCCCCACCGAGCUGCCAAGCGCACGCUUCGACUGAUUUAAUCACUCAAAAUUUACAGUUCACAGAAGCUCAAAUCACUUGCAUGUCACGGUUUCACUUUUAAUCUGGUAACAUUUGUGAUCACAUCCUGCCGCACAAUAAAAACGUGUGUGAGAUGGCACAAAAGCAGGCUCCAAGCUGAAGGUAAUUACCAAGGCUUUUCUUGGAACCCUCCCUCUCAGAAUCUCACCCUCCUCCCAGGAAGCAUUCAGUAGUUCUGCGAAUCUGCUAAUGAACAGUCCUCCCCUUCGCUUGUCCACUCGCUGACUCAGAUGCAGGCUGCAUGCAUUGUUGAGGAAAAACACACAAUGUUGCCUUUUACUUUCUCUCACAAUGUGUAUCGCUCACACAUUUCAAAAGCGACACAAAACCCUGGCGUUUCAAAGGUGAUAGGAGUCAAAAAUGUAUUGUAACAAGUGUCACGGGAGCAGUGGUCACGUCGUGGGUGAUGGUCACAAUGAUCAUGACGGCAUCUGUCUCUGCCCUGUGAGUAAUGGUCACGUUUCAAGCAACACAAUAGGAAAUGAUGUAAAGGACAAAAUGUUUAACAGUUGCAUAUUUUAAUAAAAAAUGUACUUGUAAAAGGUAGAAAAAAUGUCUUACUGAGAUAUAUAUAAAACAACUUAAACGAUG